ACUCUCUUCGCGAUCGAGUAGCACAGCUAUUGUAGAUGCUCGUUAGUGGCGUUUUGAAACUGAUCGGAAUGACAGUAAUUUAAUUAAAGUGCAAAUUUUCCGAUUUAAGUGUAGAUAUUAAAGAUAUUUUAUUUUUCGAAGACGGUAAAAGUCGCGGGUCUCCAUGCGAACCGUACAUGAAAGCGUUUUCAAACCGAAACUAAAUGGAGAAACCAAAUUUGUAGUGGAUAUACGUCCUAAACACCAUAAUAGUGCGGCACUCUCCAGUACCAAUGCAGCGGCAGCCAACAAUAGUAACAAUGGCAGUCGCGAUUCAUUGUCGGUGAACACAAGAAAUGCAGACGUUAAUGAUAUUCGACUCGAAGCUGGGGCUAAUGUGGGAGCUGUUAUUCCUACGGCAGCUGGUGAUGGAGCUGCCACACAAAGUAGCCCUAAAGACGUCAAUCUACACAAACGCAUUUCGCAAAUGAACUGGUCACGCAUUUGUACCGUUUCAUCGCUGAUUGUGGCGUUCUUGCUGAUUAGCGGCUCGAUUUAUCUGCAUUUACGGCAGAAGCCGCAUCUUGGUCGACUGCAUCAUGGAACGAAGCCUGAGGAUGGUAGUCCAGGCGUUGCAUCAGCUGGAGUAGAAGACAACACCCCAAUCGCCCAACAUCCACCGGUAGCCGGUAGACUGUUUGUGCACGAACCAACGUCGGUUAUCUUUACCAAGAUUUCCUCUGCAACAUCGACGACAUCCCGGACUCAGGCAGCAAAUUCACGGAAUAUUAGCGAAGCUUGUGUACAAUGCAUUUGCGAGACGGUAAACUUGUGUCGCCCAGCCAAAUGUCGUGAUGAUGUGGAUUGUGGCGUGUUUCGCAUAUCACACCUUUAUUGGUUGGAUGCCGGCAAGCCAACACUUGACGCCGACGAUAGCAGCAACAGCAUUAUUAACACAAUGUACACCGACUGUGUCAACAACAUGGAUUGUGCAACACGUGCAGUUACUGCCUACAUUAGCAAAUAUGCACGCGACUGUGAUGGUAACGGAGCAAUCGACUGCCGCGAUUAUAUUGCACUACAUUUGCUCGGUCCCACGGGGUGUGUUCAAUCCAAGGGUGUGUUAGCGAACGCCUUCGAGCAACGUAUGGAAGAUUGUUUGGCGGAAUAAUAAAUGAUGGAAAACCUAGUGUUAGAGUAAAAUAUGGUAUAGUCUGUAAGAAAAUAUGCUUGGUUUCCUAUUACAUAUACGUAUAUUAAUCUAGAUGUAUACACUUGAAUAUGUAUAGCGAGAAAUCAGAUACAUAC